AUGCAAGCUCUAGGCAGAGUUACAUUGCUCACCACUUCGUUCAACAUCAGCCUCAUUAGUAGUAUUAGUAUAUACAGAUUAUUCUUCCACCGACUCCAUCCUUUUCCUGGGCCCUUCGCAUGCAAGCUCACCCGUUUCUACAGCGCUUUCCUAGCGGCAAAGAAUAUCCAAUACAAUGUGGAACUUAAAAAGCUCCACGAGCAGUACGGCAACUUCGUCCGCACAGCACUGCCCCUAAUCUACGGUCCCCAUACUGAAUGUCGCAAGUCAACCUGGUACGGGCACUUGGAUGUAGAUCACACGAAAAUAUGCAUGGCUCUAAGCCGUGACUUCAACGACCAUCGGCGACGAAGAAGGGCGUGGGACCGAGCCUUCAGUAUCAAAUUAAUAGCCCUCAGCGUCUACGAACCCCGUGUCAUAGCGCAGGCGAAGAAGCUCAUUGCCCAGAUCGAAGCCAACCAAGGAAAGCCGCUCGAUGCAACCACCUGGUCUAUGCUUUUCACCUUCGAUAUCAUGGGAGACGUCGGGUUUGGUAAGGACUUUGGUAAUCUCACAAUGGGGAAGGCGCACCCUGCUAUCAAUGCUGUUCGUGACCAUAUGCGCUUCAUUGCCAUCGCGAGCCAUCUUCCGUGGCUUUUGAAUAUGCUUGGUAAGUUACCAGGCGCGGCGGCUGGGUAUCAGGGUUUUUUCAAGUGGUGCACUGAUCAAGUUGAAAGCAAGCGCAAGGUAUCAAGUCCUCCUUAUUCUUCUGCCGGUUUGACGCAACAGAGUUGGGACCACGAGAAAUAUCCCCAAGACAUUGUUUCCUGGAUCUUGAAAGCUUUCAUAGACAACGACGUGUCGGCGCCACCGUCCGAACCAGCUCUUCAUGACGACUCGCGGGUGGUGGUGAUUGCUGGCAGCGACACAACCGCCUCAGCUCUAGCGAACACCAUCUACUUCCUCGCCAAACAUCCUCAAGUCCUCCGAAAACUCCAAACCCAACUCGACAGCGCAAUGCCCAACGGCCCCCAAAGCUGGACCUAUGACAGAACCAAACCCAUAUCCUACAUCGACGACAUAAUCCACGAAAGUCUCCGUCUGCGGCCCCCCGUCUCAAGCAGUGGAUACCGCGUAACGUCCUCCAAGGGCCUCCAGAUCGACGAAGUCUUCAUCCCAGGAGACGUUAACGUGUUCGUUCCACCGCAGCUAAUCCAAACAGACGAACGAUACUACAAAUUUUCCAAGCAAUUUAUUCCCGAGCGAUGGGGUGAAAAGAAGGUCGAGUGGGGGACUGACAAGGCGCCUUAUUUUCCGUUUUCUUUGGGGGUCUACGGCUGCGUAGGGAAGAAUCUAGCUAUGCUUAGUCUCCGCGUGGCCGUAUCUACCCUGGCACAGCGUUACGAUAUCAGGUUUGCGCCUGGAGAGACCGGAGAGGCUUGUGUUUCAGCCGAGGAAGUUGUAGUUACUAGACUUUUCUUGAACAUCUCUCAGGUUUGUUACUUCUGGAUGUGGACUUGUGAAUCUUCGUCAUAA